UAAAAAGAGCCAGCAAUGAUACAGAAAGAUGCUCAGAGAAUAAAAAAAAUAUAUAUUGAUAGAUUCAUGAUGGGAAACAACAGGGGUUUCACAGCACGAGAAUAAAGAAUGAAAACCGGCAGCAUUGAUGAAGGCAUAUCAAUGUGAAAGCUAGCCAUAAAAAGACAAUCGGCUGCACCAGAAUAUAAGAUCUAGGAAGAGUUAUAUGUGCAGCUUGAAUCAAGCACUGAGGCAACUCGUGAAGCACUUCACACGAAUGGUAACUGAACUGAACUGAUCUAAUGCUUUAUAUUAAUCUUGAUUCAGCCAAUUGUGAAUUGUGACUCGUGUUUUAUUACUAUCUUGAAAGUCUGAUGAUACAUUGAUAAUUCACGAAUGUACCUAAUGCCUAUGUGUUUGGAUGAGAGAAAUUAAAUGUUGUAGGUAUACAAAGGAGAGGAUAAAAAGUCAGGGACCAGAUCUGCAAUAUCAGAAAAGUUGAUUCAGUUUUAUUCCAUUAAGGGAAGUAGUGGGGAACAAGCCCUAGAAAAUCUCCAUCGUGCUUAAGAAGCUCAAUCUCGCAGCAUCCCUUCAUCUCUCACACAAUCCUCACACAGAAAUCGACAUCUAUCAUGGGGAAAGGAAGGAAAUCAGCUCAACAAGCCGAAUCAUCCAAGGAAGAGAAGCAUGCAGAGGCUGAAGGAAGUCGGAGGUCACUCACUGAUGGCGAACCUGAAUCGCCUCCACCGAGAAACGUUAUGCCCGUCUCCGAUGCACUCCCUGAGGUCACCGAGGAGCUUGACUCAUUCAAUACCGCUAAUGAGAAAGCCCCUUCAGAGGAGAGCGAUGAAAGGACUCCAGGUCUUGGAGAGGAGCCAUCUGCGAAGGUUCCUGAAGCAGAUCCGCAACCGCAAAUUGGAUCCACUAGUGCUGCCAUUCAAGAUGUUCCAGUCACUAAUAAAUCACCGGAAGAGAAGGAUGAAUCUGCUCUACCUUUGGCGAUCAUUGAAACUGAGAAGGAGCUAAGUGAAGCCGAGUCUGAUUCAGCCAAGAAAGUGGACGAUGAACCCAAGGAUGAUGCUGUGACUGUGGGUUCUGAGUCAGAUGAAGCUUCCCAGAAGGAAAGGAGGAAGAAACGGGUGCUGAAGCGAUUAGGGUUGCGUUCUGGGAAACAGAGAAAGACAGGGGAGUCUAGUACACCAACUCAAUCUCAGUUUCUCACACCAGGAGAUGCGGCCAAGUCUCCAUAUUUGGCUAAGGAAGCAGGAGCCUCGCCUCAGCUGAGAUCGAGAAGGUCUGGUGACAAAAGUGCUGAACCAAUGCCUCCUCUCAUCAAGAAAAGGUAUGAUCAGUUCCUUAAGCGUAAAGUACUUGCUGAGCGUUCGGUAGAUAUGAAGGAAGCUGAUCAGUGGGGCUACUUGACCGUUAUCAAGAAAGGGUCUAUGGAAUCAACUGUCUCGAGUCUUGCAGUGUAUGUUGAGCAAGUUGUAGCUGAGUUCUAUGCAGGUCUGCCGAGUACUAAAGCUGAAGCAGAUGUUGAUGAAGUAGUUGUCUCCGUGAGAGGACAAGAGUACAAGUUCUCACCUGCGCUCAUCAACAAUGCCAUAGAUUGGGAACCACUUACUGAGGAAGAAGAGGAGGAAGAUGCAACAUUGGAUGAUAUCUCGGUAACUGAGUUGGCUUCAUUCAUCACCGGAGAUACAAAGACAGAAUGGGACGGUCUCACUACAGCGGAUCUUACUCCGUGCUACGGUGCUUUGAUGAUCAUAGCUGCAUACAACUGGAUUCCCUCUACUCACAAGACAUAUGUCUCACUUGAGAGAGCCAAGCUGAUCUACAAGAUGGCUCAUGGAGUCCGUGUUGAUUUGGGCAAGAUGAUGUUCAGACAGAUUCUUAAUCUUGGAGUGAUUCAAGUCAAUGAUGCCCGUUGGUUGAUCUUCCCUCGCUUGAUCAUGGCACUUCUUCAAAGCCAGCAUGCGGUUCCAUCUUAUCCCAGUGACAAGCUUCAACGUCCGGUUCUUUACAAGAAGGAUAAACGAGUGGGCGAGAUCUAUGAGCAUAAACUAACUAAAGGAAAGGCACCGUCCAAAGCUGAACCGAAGAGAAGCUCUGCUAGAACAACACGUCGCUCAUCUCCUGCUCCGGUUCCUACUCAACGAACUGCUACACCAAGCUCCAGAACUGCACCACGUCGUGUAUCUGUUUAUGAGCUUGGAUCAGUUGUCAUCCCUCAAGGACCACUCAACCGUGUUGAUUUGCAAGUGGCACUACAGGACACAACACGAGCCCUUCAAGCGCUAGCUGAGAUAGUUCAGGAUCUUCAGAGCGCUGUAGCAGGGGGAGAAGAAGAAGACUAGGAUGUAGAAGACCAAGAUUGUGGGGGAGCUGUGUUCUGUUGCUUUGUUUUUAUGUCUAUGUUAUUUCAAUUGCACCUCUUGUUGCAAUUCUUUGUUAUCCAUGUUUUCAGACUGGCUAAGAUUAUGGGGGAGCAUUUGCAUAUGCUAUCUUUUGAUAUUAUGUAUUGAUUUGCUUGAACCCGUUUUUAGGAUAAUAUAAGUAUGUUCUUAAUUGUCUUGAGUUGGUUGAAUUAACGUUUAGACAUAUGUACUGGUGCUGUUGUGUGUGGUUUGUUCUUGUCUUCUAUCUCAGGUACUUGUGAGAUGACGAAUUAAAAAGGGGGAGAUUGAAGGUGUAUGGGAAGACGAUGCUGUAGCAGAGUUGAAGUAGUUCAUGAAGUGUGACAUGAACUACUACAUCAGAGAGGCGGUUCAUGAGAAGCACGUAUCAAGACCGAUGCAUUAAAAGAAGAUUUAAUGAAGAGGGACAUUAAAGGAAGACUUGAAGAAGAAGCAAUCGAUCUAAAGAGAAAAGGAAGAUUGGCUUAUUCGCUGAAGUAGAAGAAAUGGAAAGUUUCCAUUGGGUAGAUAGAUUAGAUCUAGGGCUUCCUCAAAGAUAUAUAAAAGGAAGCGUUGGCACUGUGUUGCCGGUUAACACACAGGGAGAGCUUUUAGCAAUUGAGAGUUUUGUACGUCCUAAGAAGGAGAAGCAAAGCAUCUAGGGGUUAAGGGCUUAGGUGGUUCAGAGUCUGUCUUAGAUCUCUGAACGAGUUGACUAGCAAACAAGUCGAGGUUUGUCUUGAGCUUGUUUGAUUUAUUGCUUUUAAGAAGAACUUGUAAGAGCUUUUGAAAGAAUAAAUAUAGUCGUAUUUCUUGGAA